AUAAUGGCCCACAAUUAGAGGUUAAACCAACCAUGACACUGCGGUGCGUAAUCAAACCAAAAAUGUGGCUGGGUCUCAAGCAAACGCUACUCUAUGCGGGUCUCCUGCUCUGUGUGCUCCUCCAGGUGUGUCGCAGCAAAACCCAACUCUUCUGUCCCAGCGUCUGUAGCUGUGAUCUGUACGAGCAACGCAAUCGCGCCAUAUGCAGCGCCAAGCGACUGAUAAGUGCCAACAUGGAAAUGCCCAAGACUGUGGAGCUUUUGGACCUGAGCUACAACGAUAUUACCAAUGUUGAUGCCGAUUGUUUCGGGACUACCGUGCAUCUGUUAAAUCUCACACUGGCUCACAAUUCCAUUCAAACUAUUCAUGUGGAUGCCUUUUCUACGUUGCGUCAUCUGCAAGCCCUGGACUUGUCCUACAAUCGUCUGGAAUAUGUGGAUGAGCACAUGUUGGAGUCGAACGAUCAGCUCCACUAUCUCAAUCUUGAGGGCAAUAAGUUGGCCACGCUGGACUCGCAGCCGCUGCUACGUAGCAAGUCACUCCGCAUCCUUGUUCUGCGCAAUGCUCAGAUAAACCAAAUAAGUGUAGAGUUGCUCAGUGCCUUGCCACAGCUGCGACAGCUGGACCUGGCACAGAAUAUGCUGAUCACGGUAAGCAGCGGCGCUUUCUAUGCGCCCCGCUUUCUGACCGAUCUCAACCUCGACGAGAAUCCGCUGAACUGUGAUCGCCCUUUAUACAAAUUUGCAAGGACGCUGCGUCAGCGCGGCAUCGCGCUCAGCAUGAGUGACUGUCAGUUUGAGCUGGAGGGACCGGAAGAAGGAGAGCAACUCGAUCCUGACCAUGGCAAUGCCAAUCUGGAGGCGAACAUAUUUCAACGCAUAGAGCAACAAAUAGAUAUCAUUAAUGAAGAGCCAAGGUCCGUAAUGGAUGUUUGGCGCAUUCUGCCCGAGGACUCUGAUGAGCUGAAGGAUGAACAGCCAGAGGACCCUUUACAGCCACUGCUCAAUGUUUGCGAAGGCACACGCGACCAGCUGUGUCAACGCUAUCACAAUUGUCUGGAGAGCGUCAGCGAGACGUUUCUGAAACGCAGACACAGCUACGACGAGGAUGAUGUGAAGCUGGCCUUUGUGGUUGGCGGCGCCACCGGCAUUUGCAUGGUCAUCUUCAUCAUUGCCUUUGCCUUGUGCCUGAAGAGCUGCUGCGAGCUGAGACGCAAAGGAAGCAGCUCUGAAGUCGAUGGCCCGCAGCAAACAGCGGAUGACGCUGAGCCCACGGUUCGGCUGCAGGGCGUGGCCUCGCAGCCCCUCACGACGUUGCUCCCGCCGGCCCCACCCUCACACACUCGCGUGCCCAGACGCUCCAAUCCCCCACGCCACCCACGCGCCACCUCGCGCGCCCUCGUGCGACAGCCCUAUGGGCCGCAGGACAAUUUCGUGUCACGCCUCUUCGGACGUCCGGCACGUCAGCAAUAUUAUCGAACGCUUAAUCAAAACACGGCCACGCUCAUUCGUCGUCUGAGUCGCAGCAAUCUGUUCACGAAUCGUCAGAGCGAGCCCAACAGCCCCGCGACACCUCCGGCAAGCACAUCCCAAUUUUAUGUGAGCGAGAAUGGUCCCAGCACCAAUCCACCACGUCCUGAAACCCCGCCACCUAAUUACGGCGAUGUAGUGGUCAUCGAGCAUUGUGAUAGUAAAUAGAAACUUCUACUGGCCAGACACUAUUCAAAACGUUAUAUGCAAUACCAAAACGGUUAACGAUUUCGCUCCAAAACUAUGGCCGUGCAAAUAAUUCGCACACAAAUUUAUUCGAUUUUGAAAGAACGCCAUGAGAAGGUAUAAAAUAAUAAAAAUAUCCUUAAAAGUUACAGUAUAUGAAACUAUGAAAAUGGCUGGAUCUCUUGCUUGAAAGAAUUCAAUUUUGUACACAAAUGUUUGCAUGUCUGACCACGCUUAUAGACUUGUAUUACAUGCGGAAAGAGAAAACACAUUAAACAAAACAAGCGGCUUACACUUUUACCUUCAAGUAUAGUUUCUAAUUGUAUGUCAGUAUCAGAAGGAAACCCGUGAUGACAAAUUUAUACUAUAUAGUAUAUGUAUCUAAAAAUACGUGGUAGGGGCAAAAUUUUGAUUGUUAGAUUUACUUUAACCUGACUUAAUCUAAAGAUUAAAAGCCCAAAACUUAACUGAUUUAUACAAUUCGAGUUUCGAGUUUGAUUCCAAUUAAGGUUCCUUAAACAUAUUAAACCGCAUUUCCAAUUAAAUUUAAUGCUAAAAAUAAAAAUAAAAGCGAAGAACAAGUUAUGUGAAAUCGCUUUCUGUUUCUAUACCAUAUUUUAAA